CUGCACAUGCGCAAAAUUGUUCGAAUUCUCGCUAUAAUUCCCCCUUUCUUUCCAAUUCCUCUUUUUUCAAUCGAGAUUUUCCGACCAUACCAAAUAUCUCGUUAUUAUUAUAACCUACCAUGUCGGUGUUGCAUUGUUGCAGGUGUACCAAUGUCAGGAAUAUGUGUGAAAAUAGCAACGUUCUGAUCCACAGACUUAGCGGGAAGAGUUGGACGGUGUUGGUAGCAUUGCUCUUUCCUCUAAUAAUGUUGUUUUAUGACGGGGACAUGUACCGCCACCUGCUGGGGAAGCACCGCAGGGCCUGGACCAGCCACGCGUGCCUGGCGCCGAGGCCCUUCCCCCACCAGGAGAUCCUCAUCAAGUACAGCGGGAACGCGGCCAGCCAUCCUGGCACCAGCAUGUACGCCCGAGGCCACGGCGUCCUCGCUUCUGCCGAGGCCCUGUCCCCUCUGAGGAUGGCCGGCGGAGACAUGGGCAACUCCGUCCCGCUGUACGAGUCGGUGCAGUGCCUCCCGCUGGCGUCCCUCCUCCUCGCCCUCAACGUGUCCCACGUGCAGUUCGUGUCGCUGGACGUCGAGGGCGCCGAGCCGGCCAUCCUCGACACUUUCCCGUGGCAGGACAUCACGGUCGACGCUUGGCUGGUGGAGCACGUUGUGAACACCACGAACGGAGACGCGACCGGCGAAAGCGAGGGGUCGCGAAUCAACGACCUUGCCGCAGACCAUGGUUCGAGUGCCGAGGCGAGACGAAACGACAAAACUAACCAAGAUACUGAAUUUGUUGAUUUUUUCAUCUCUCGCGGGUACAGUCUCUUUCCUAUGGAUACACGCAGACUAUUAGAUAAUUACCUCUUUAUAAGAAAAGAAUCUAAUAUCUAUUACAGACUUAAGGCUAAUAAUGAUUUCGGUGGUGAUUAAUUAACAAGGAAAAAAAAUCAAAUGUACAAAAAAGUAUGUAUGUAUGUUUAAAUUGAUCUCCAAAUCCAGUCAUUUGUCGUAAUAAAGGUUCAGCACCAGUAACAGCCUUGAUAAAAAUGCUUGUCAUUUCAGAUCAAUACGAAUUAUACUCGUGCUUCUUUUUCCCCAAGUUCACCCCCAUAAACACCAGCCGAAGUCUGUCAAGGCGAGAAAUCGGUACUCUAGCAGAGAAAUAUAUUCAACUGAC